AGUCUCUUCUUUCAGGCAGCUAGGAGAAGGUCUCAAAGCCCACCCCCUCAGUGACGUGACUGGAGGAGUUCAACAAGCCACACCUACUCCCAUGAGACCACUGAUUCCUAAUUGUGCCAUUCCCUGGGCCAACCAUAUUCAAGUCACUACACUGUGCAAUAGCAGUACAUGCACUUAUCUACCAAACCAUGUCUCCAGUGCCCUGAAGUUAACUUCUUGGGGCUGAGCAGAUGACACCCUAAAUUUGGUAAUACCCGGGCCUGUCUGCCUGUCUUCAGUCAAUUAUGUGGCCUCUCUCAGUGAGGGGUGUGUGUGGGCACCUGUGUGUGCCCAUAUGCAUGCACAUCUUUCCUGGGUUCUGAGCCUCUCUUGCAUUGCCAUCAGGAUUUCCGUGUGACUCUAGCUAUCAACCUCUGUCAACCUCUUUUGCCCUUCAGUGCAGUUGCCCCUGUAAAGAGAAACAACAGAGAUCUUCACAGACUUCCAAUACCCAGGGGACUCAGAAAGAAAGGGCCCAGGUAUGGCUGCCAGGACCAUAAGGGUGAAGCUGGACUUCCGAACCUGGCCCUGUUUCCCACAGACCCUGUCCCCACCCAGGCUAUGAAGCCAGGGCUCCUGAGUUCCUCUUGGGGUGGAGGCAGGGGCCUCCUUCGUCUAGGACGUCACCCUGUUAAACUUCCUCAUCAGCCACACAGGAAACUGAGCAGAUCAGGAGCCCAGCCCCAAGCAACCACAGGCUCCCCCAGCCCCAGAAGCCCUAGGGGAAAGGGCCCAGGUGGGCCACCUCUGCAGAGACCAUGGGAUCCACAGAGACAAGGCAUCCCCCUGCCAUGUUUGACUGGUUCUUUGAAGCUGGCCGCCCCAACUCCCUGGAGGAGGAUCCCCCCAUCCUGCGGCAGUUCCCUCCAGACUUCCAGGAACAGGAAGCCAUGCGUGUGGUGCCCAGGUUCUGUUUCCCCUUUGACAUAGAAAGGGAGCCGCCCAGCUCUGCUGUCCAGCAUUUCACCUUUGCCCUCACUGACCUGGCGGGCAACCGUAGAUUUGGCUUCUGCCGCCUGCGAGCUGGUGCAUGGAGUUGCCUCUGUAUUCUCAGCCACUUUCCCUGGUUUGAAGUGUUCUACAAGAUUCUCAAUAAUGUGGGGGACCUCCUAGCCCAGAACCAAGUCGCUGAGGCUGAAGAACUCCUACAAAACUUGCAGCAACACCGACUUCUUGGACCCCAGCUUUCAGGGAGACCAGAGAUGGACAGCAGCAGCAUCACCAUCUGGAGUGAAUGUGGAAUCUUGCCUCCUGCCCUGGGGAAUAGCAAGCUGCUUUCUUGUUCUGUGGCUCCGGAUGCUGCCAGCCUGCCGUCUAUUCCUGAGAACAGGAACCUCACGGAGCUGGUGGUUGCUGUGACAGAUGAGAACAUCGUCGGACUCUUUGCAGCGCUACUAGCUGAGAGGAGGGUCUUGCUCACUGCCAGCAAGCUCAGCACUCUGACAGCCUGUGUUCACGCAUCCUGUGCUCUGCUCUACCCCAUGCGCUGGGAGCAUGUUUUAAUCCCCACACUACCUCCACACCUGCUGGAUUACUGCUGCGCGCCCAUGCCCUACCUCAUAGGAGUCCAUGGCAGUCUUGCUGAGAGAGUUCGAGAGAAAGCACUGGAAGAUGUUGUGGUGUUGAAUGCAGACUCCAACACCCUGGAGACACCCUUUGACGAUGUGCAAGCUCUGCCACCAGAUGUCGUAUCCCUGCUGAAGCUUCAGCUAAGGAAGGUUGCACUGAGCCCCGGGGAAGGGGUGUCCCGUCUCUUCCUCAGAGCCCAGGCCCUGCUCUUUGGAGGGUACCGUGAAGCCCUUGUCUGCAUCCCGGGUCAGCCAGUGACAUUCAGUGAGGAAGCUUUCUUGGCUCAGAAGCCGGGGGCACCCCUGCAGGCAUUCCACAAAAAGGCGGUACACUUGCAGCUGUUCAAGCAGUUCAUCGAAUCCCGACUGGAAAAACUCAAUGCUGGAGAAGGUUUCUCAGACCAAUUUGAGCAAGAGAUCAUUGCCUGCUGUGGAGCUCCCUCAGGCACCCUUCGGUCUUACCAGCUCUGGGUAGAUAGUCUUAAGAAAGGUAGUGAUGCCCUCCUGCAUUCAGUGAAGACAAAGACCCGACCAGCUGUCAGGAACAUGUACCGAUCGGCAAAGAGUGGCUUGAAGGGUGUGCAGAACCUGCUCAUGAUUAAGGAUGGAGACUCUGGCCUGCAGAGGGGGGGCUCCCUGAGAACCCCAAGCCUCACCAGCCGCUCAGAUCGUCUGCAACAGCGCCUGCCUAUUAGCCAGCACUUUGGACAGAACAGACCCCUCCGCCCUAGCAGGAGACUCAAGACUGAAGGGGGACCUUCUGAAUCUCUGCAGGAGAGGAGCCCCACCUUGAGCCCUGGGGACACGCAGAAUCCCUGGGCAGAGGACACUCUAGAUGGCAGCUUUCUGGGGUCCGGAGAAGAGCUGGAUCUACUGAGUGAGAUUCUAGACAGUCUGAGUGUGGAAACCAAGAGUGGUGAGGGGCUGAGGGCCAGCCAGAGCUUGGACUGCUAUCAGCACGGAGCGCCAGAGAGCUGCUCCAGCUUGCCUGACAUCCCAGUGGGGUUACCAUGGCAACUGGAAGGAGACAAGAGAUCCCAGGAUCCUCAGCCUUGGUCCCUGCCUGGUGACCUGUCACUUCUGCAAGAUAGCCCAUUUUCAGAGGUUGUAAGCUACUCAAAGAACUACUGUUCUCAACCACCCUCAGCCACUUCAGCAGACCCCCCCAGCCAAGGGGACCCUGGGCCCUCUCUCAGCAAGCUGGAUUCUACACUCUCACACAGCCCGUGCUGCAGGCUCCUCAGAGUCCCCACUCAGCCCAGUCCUCCAAAAAGCCCCCAACUUCUUGUCUCCACAGAGCCCAACUCUGAUGCUGUCUGGAAAUUACAAUCCAUUCCAUCUCUCCCAUACUCCCAUUCUGCAGAGAACCCCACAAACCAGCCUCCCCAGGUCCUGCUGGGCCAGGCUGGUAUACAACCCCUCAAGGAGCUGGGAGCUCCAACAUCUUCGGUCUCUCAUGUAAGCAAGCAGCAAAGGCCCCAGGACAGGCAACCUCGAGUUGCUGAUCUGAAGGAGUGUUUUGAAAACUAACAUCAGGAGUGUGAGGGGUUCCCAACUCUCAAUAAAGCUGACUUUUUUUCCUUGAUAAAUUUAUCUGGGGCUGUCAGCCCAGAAA